AUGUGGUUCUUACAUGCUGAUUUUAGUCGUAUGGUCAGUGAGAGUUGGAAUGCUCCAGUUCAUGGGUCUUCGGAUUUCAUUUUUCCUUACAAGAUGAAGAGGCUGAAAGUGGCGAUGAAAGAUUGGAAUCUUAGAGUUUUUGUCAAUGUUCAUUCUCGGUUAAAGCAAGACCAACUUCGCUUUGAGAAUGCGGCUAGAAAUUCAGAUGAGGAUCCUAGUGAUAUUGCUAAACUAAAUGCUAUGAAGGACGCUAUGGCUACCCAUUCUGAGAAUCGGAGGAGUAGUAACACUAUUUCUGAAUUGGUUGAUGUCAAUGGUGAUUCCAUAACUGAUUAUGAUCAAUUGAGAAAUCAUGUUGUUCAAUUUUAUGAAGAUAAAUUCAACGGCCCACAUCUGGAUAUUGAUGAAGAUUUCUUCAACUUUGAUCAUCCUUCCAUCACUAUGGAAGAAAGUAAUGAUAUGGAUAGAAUUUCUUCUCCGGAGGAAAUAAAAAAAACUGUUUUUGAUUUGGGUGCGGAUAGUGCUCCGGGUCCGGAUGGUUUUUCUGGUUGUUUCUACCGCCACUGUUGGGAUAUCAUUCAGGAUGACUUGAUAAAGGCUAUUAUAUAUUGUUGGAAUACUGGUCAUAUUCCAAAUGGUGUCAAUUCUUCCUUGAUUAUUCUGCUGGCCAAGGUAAGAGGUGCUAAUACUCUUCGUAACUUCAGGCCUAUUGGUAUUAGUAAUUUUUUCUUUAAAAAUUUUACUAAGAUUCUAGCUUCUAGACAGAGCACUGUUUUGGACAAGCUUGUUUCUGAGGAACAAGUGGCUUUUAUGAAGGGUCGUAAUAUUCAUGAAAAUAUCAGUCUAGCCUCAGAAACGGUUAAUGAACUCCAUAUCAAGCGUAAGGAUGGCAACCUUGGUCUUAAACUUGAUAUCUCUCAGGCAUUUGACACGGUGAGUUGGUCUUUUGUUUUAGAAGUUUUUCGUCGAUAUGGCUUCUCUGAGAAAUGGUGUGCUUGGUUGUUGGAUAUUUUGAAUUCUGCUUGA